AUGCAGUCGACAAAGUUGAAAGCGGCCGAGGCCCAUGGGCGGAAAGCAAAGCUUGCGCAAUCGUACCAAGAACUUCUCGACGAAUUCUCGAACAAGGACCUGAAGUCGGUCGGGAACUACACGCUCGGGCGCUUGAUUGGCAAGGGGUCGUUUGGCAAAGUUUAUCUGGCUACGCACAAGCUCACGAACGGUUCCAAGGUCGUGCUCAAAUCCGCCAACAAGGACGAUUCGAAUCUUGCCCGAGAAAUCCACCAUCACCGGCAGUUUGUCCACCCACACAUCGCGCGCCUGUACGAGGUCAUUGUGACGGAAACGCUGGUUUGGUUGGUGCUGGAGUACUGUCCGGGCGACGAGCUGUAUAACUACCUCCUCCAACAUGGCAAGCUACCCGUCGACAAGGUCCAAAAGACCUUCACGCAGCUCGUCGGCGCCGUGUGCUACGUCCAUCGCCAGUCUUGUGUCCACCGCGAUCUGAAGCUCGAAAACAUUCUUCUCGACAAGAACGAAAACGUGAAGCUCUGCGACUUUGGAUUCACCCGGGAGUACGAGGGCAAGGCCAACUACUUGCAGACGUUUUGCGGGACGAUAUGUUAUUCGGCGCCCGAGAUGCUCAAGGGGGAGAAAUACGCCGGCGAGAAGGUGGAUGUGUGGAGUUUAGGCGUGAUUCUCUAUGCGCUGCUGUGUGGGGAGCUGCCGUUUGAUGACGACGACGAUGCGAUCACGAGAACAAAGAUCCUGAACGAGGAGCCCAGCUACCCGGAUCAUCUCCCCUCAGAUGCUCUCGCCCUCCUCAAGAGCCUGCUUUCCAAGCGGCCAAUCCUCCGCCCAACGCUCCCCGAUAUCUUGGCGCACCCAUUCCUCGCCGAACACGCGCCGCAACAACAGGAGAUUCUGAAGCUGGAACGGCCCGAACCGUUUUCCACACCCCUUGAGAAGGAGACACUCCACCGGAUGCGGAGCGCGGGGGUCGACAUCGACGAGGUGAUGGAGAGCGUGCUGGCGCAAAAGUGCAACGUGCUAGCCGGUUGGUGGACGCUGCUGAUUGAGAAGGAAGAGCGGAAGCAACGGCGGAGGGAAAGGAAACGCAGGGAACGGGAGCUGGAGAAUAGGACUUCGAGGCGGUUUUCCCAGGCGUCAAGUAGGUUGAAUGCGCUGGCAACGGUGGAAGAGUCGUUUGUGAAGCUGUCAGAGGCGCCAACACCCAGGACCCGUGGGAGGAGCGAGAGGAGGAGCGGGUACUACCCCAGUCUGCUGAUCCCAGACAUGCCCGACCUUUCAGACCUGGCCAAGGUCGCGAAUGGGAAUCUGAGUCCGGAUACCGAUGUCCCGCCGCCGCCUAUCGACAAAGACUCCAUUCGGUCGGUCAGCUCGUCGAGGCAUCGCAAGCCAUUACCCCCGCCCAAGGAAGGCCUCCUGCGGAGCGCGCGGUCUCGCGGUUCAACCCUUCAUCUCGUCACCACAAGCGACGCACUGGACGUCAACAGCACCUCGCAGCCGGGCGACGGGAAGAAGACCAGGAAGCGGCCCUCGCAAGCUAUUGUAGCGACUUGGAAAAACUGGACGCACUGGCUGUUUGAAAAUACACGGCGACACAGGAACUCAAACAAGCGCGGGAGCCAAUCAACCCCAAACCUCCUCGCGAAACCGGGCAGCUCAAAGGAGGGCAAGUCCAAGGAAAACAGCCCGCGACCGCAAACCAGCAAGUACCCGACCAGCGGCUUGGCCUCUACUCCGCAAACCUCCAGUCUUCCCAGAGGCGUUGUCGCCAACGGGUACACCUCCCGCAGCGCAUCAUCAACCACCGGCGGCGGCGGCGGUAGCACCCGUUCCCGUCCCCCUGCGUCCCCCAACCUGGCCACCCCGACGGCCGCCGGCCACGGCGGUAACCCACGCCUGCGCACCUCCAACUCCUACAAACGCCACUCCCUCUCCCCGUCCCCACUCACACCACGCUCCACCAUCCGCCGCUCCUCCGGCCCCACGGGGCUACGCGGGCGCAAAUCCACCUCGUCGUCCGUCUCAUCCGUCCGAUCACUCCAUCACACGGCACACCACCAGCACUCGCACAGCAAAGCCUCCUCGACGUCCUCCAACGGGUCGGUGUCAACAUCCGUGUCCAAAACCCCCGGUGUCACGCGCUCGCCGCAUCACUCGGUCAAAGUAUUGCCCGCCACGCCAACCACGGGGUCGUUUGGCGGGUUCCCGAAUAAUAUCCGGUUAGUGAGGGAUCGCGCUGGGCCGCCGUUGAGUAUCUUCAACGAAGCCGCGCCGGGUGUUGUCGGGGUUGGUGCUGGUGCUGGUGGUGGUCGUAACCUAAGCGGUGGGCUCGGUCUUGCAAUCGGGAAUGGGAGUGGGAGCGGCCGCGGUGGGAGGGGGACCCCGACACCCGGAAGUCCUAAUCCAUUUCUCGGUGGUGGUGGUGGCGGUGUAAACGGCGGCGGUGGUGUGAUGUUUGCGAAGCGGAAGCGGAAUCUCUUCAAGGGGCCUAUGUUGAGCUUGUCGCAUCACCAUGCUCGGGAAGGUGGUGGCGGCGGUAAACACGCCGGUGGUGGAAACCCCGGUGGCCUGGGCGGUGCCGGGCUGGCUGCUGCUGGCCUUGGGAGUAUUGGGGAGGGCGGCGGGGCCAACGCCGGUGGUGCCGUUGUGGGUGUUGCUAGUAGCACCGGACCGCCGUCGAUUGGACACUCCCGUAGCGCUAGUAGCGGUGGUCUGGGCCGGCGGAGUGGAGAGAUUACGAUUGAGGAAGUCGACGAGGAUGAGGAGGAAGCUGCGGAAGCGGCUGCUGCGGCUGCGGGGAUUGGUGGGAGUGGGAGUGGGAGUGGGAGUGCUGGGUACACUGCGUUUACGGGGUCCAUGGGGAGUAUGGGCAUGGGGAACCUUGGUAGUGGGAGUCUGGGUAUGAAUGUCAACAACAUGGGUAUGGGCAUGAGCAGCGGUAUGGGGGGGUUGAGCAUGUAUGGGGUUGAGGAGGAUGAAGACGAAGUCGAGGAGGUUGAGGCGUUUACGCCGAUUGUUAAGGGGCCGGGGGAGAUUGUGGAAGAGAAGAUUUAUGAAGAAGGGGAGGAAGAGGUUGAGGAUGCAGGCGCCCGGGAUACGAGGGUUGGGGCUGGAGCUGGGAAAGAUUGGUUGCAGCCUGCUGCGACGAUCAAACCGGCCAGUGAGACCGCGUGA